AAGGCCAAGCAUUCAGCAAGCCACUCUUCUACCUCCCUUACUGGAGUAAGGCACCCUGAAGGCAUAAGUCAGUGAGACAUGGCUGAAGAUAAAAGCAAGAGAGACUCCAUCGGGAUGAAUAUGAAGGGAUGCCAGACAAACAACGGGUUUGUCCAUAAUGAAGACAUUCUGGAGCAGACCCCGGAUACAGGUAGCACAGCAGACAACCUGCAGCACAGCACCAUGAGCAUCCUUGGCUCCCAGGAGCCAGACUUCAAGGGCGUCCAGCCCUACGCGGGGAUGCCCAAGGAGGUUCUCUUCCAGUUCUCUGGCCAGGCCCGCUACCGCAUACCCCGGGAGAUCCUCUUCUGGCUCGCCGUGGCUUCUGUCCUGGUGCUCAUCGCGGCCACCAUAGCCAUCAUUAUCCUCUCUCCAAAGUGCCUAGACUGGUGGCAGGAGGGGCCCAUGUACCAGAUCUACCCGAGGUCUUUCAAGGACAGUAACAAGGAUGGGAACGGAGAUCUGAAAGGUAUUCAAGAUAAACUGGACUACAUCACAGCUUUAAAUGUAAAAACUGUUUGGAUUACUUCAUUUUAUAAAUCGUCCCUUAAAGAUUUCAGAUAUGGUGUUGAAGAUUUCCGGCAAGUGGAUCCCAUUUUUGGAACGAUGGAAGAUUUUGAGAAUCUGGUUGCAGCCAUACAUGAUAAAGGUUUAAAAUUAAUCAUCGAUUUCAUACCAAACCACACCAGUGAUAAACAUACUUGGUUUCAAUUGAGUCGGACACGGAAAGGAAGAUAUACUGAUUAUUAUAUCUGGCAUGACUGUACCCAUGAAAAUGGCACAACCGUUCCACCCAACAACUGGUUAAGUGUAUAUGGAAACUCCAGUUGGCACUUUGAUGAAGUGCGAAACCAAUGUUAUUUUCACCAGUUUAUGAAAGAGCAACCUGAUUUAAAUUUCCGCAAUCCUGAUGUUCAAGAAGAAAUAAAAGAAAUUUUACGGUUCUGGCUCACAAAGGGUGUUGAUGGUUUUAGCUUUGAUGCUGUUAAAUUUCUCCUAGAAGCAAAGCAUCUGAGAGAUGAGAUCCAAGUAAAUAAGACCCAAAUCCCGGACACGGUCACACAAUACUCGGAGCUGUACCAUGACUUCACCACCACGCAGGUGGGAAUGCAUGACAUUGUCCGCAGCUUCCGGCAGACCAUGGACCAAUACAGCACGGAGCCCGGCAGAUACAGGUUCAUGGGGACUGAAGCCUAUGCAGAAACUAUUGACAGAACCGUGAUGUACUAUGGAUUGCCAUUUAUCCAAGAAGCCGACUUUCCCUUCAACAAUUACCUCACCAUGCUAGACACUGUUUCUGGGAACAGUGUGUAUGAGGUUAUCACAUCCUGGAUGGAAAACAUGCCAGAAGGAAAAUGGCCUAAUUGGAUGACUGGCGGACCAGACAGUUCCCGGCUGACUUCUCGUUUGGGGAAUGAGUAUGUCAACGUGAUGAACAUGCUUCUUUUCACACUGCCUGGAACUCCUAUAACUUACUAUGGAGAAGAAAUUGGAAUGGGAAAUAUUGUAGCCAUAAAUCUCAAUGAAAGCUAUGAUACUAAUACUCUCCUCUCAAAGUCACCAAUGCAGUGGGACAACAGUUCAAAUGCUGGUUUUUCUGAAGCUAGUCACACCUGGUUACCCACCAAUUCAGAUUACCACACUGUGAAUGUUGAUGUCCAAAAGACUCAGCCCCGAUCGGCUUUGAAGUUAUAUCAAGACUUAAGUCUACUUCAUGCCAAUGAGCUGCUACUCAACAGGGGCUGGUUUUGCCAUUUGAGAAAUGACAGCCACUAUGUUGUGUACACAAGAGAGCUGGAUGGCAUAGACAGAAUCUUUAUCGUGGUUCUGAAUUUUGGAGAAUCAACACUGUUAAAUCUACAGAAUAUGAUUUCAGGCCUUCCCGCUACAGUGAGAAUAAGGUUAAGUACCAAUUCUGCCAACAAAGGCAGUGAAGUUGAUACAAGUGGUAUUUUUCUGGACAAGGGAGAGGGACUCAUCCUUGAACACAACACAAAGAAUCUCCUUCAUCGCCAAACAGCUUUCAGAGAUAGAUGCUUUGUUUCCAAUCGAGCAUGCUAUUCCAGUGUAUUGAACAUACUGUAUACCUCGUGUUAGGCACCUUUAUGAAGAGAUGAAGACACUGGCGUUUCUUUGGGAUUGUAAGCAUUUGUAAUAGCUUCAUGUACAGCAUGCUGCUUGGUGAACGAUCAUUCUUUGAUAUUUCUGUAGCUUGAACGUAACUGCUUUAAGAAAGGUUCUCAAAUGUUUUGGAAAAAAACGUUUAAAAGUAAA